AACGGAUAUAAUAAAACAAAAAUUGUAAUAAAGAGAGAAGAGGGCAAAACGGGGAACAUGUCACGCGGAUAGGUGUGAGAGAGUAAAUGACGUAGGUUCCGUUAUUUAAGAACCCUUCUAGAGAGGUUCCCACACACCAGAAGAGAGAGAAAGAGACAGAGAGAAAAUGGUGAGAGAAGAACAAGAAGAAGAUGACAACAACAACAACAACAACGGAGGAGGAGAGAGAAAGCUGCUUGUGGCUGAUGAAACGGUGCCGUCUUUGUUGGACGAAACGGGGUUGGUUUGUGUAACGGGAGGUUCUGGUUUCGUUGCUUCUUGGCUCAUCAUGCGUCUCCUUCAACGUGGCUACUCCGUUCGGGCCACGGUUCGAACCAACUCAGAAGGGAAUAAGAAAGAUAUAAGCUACCUAACCGAGCUACCAUUUGCAUCGGAGAGGCUUCAAAUAUUCACCGCCGAUCUCAACGAACCGGAGAGCUUCAAACCGGCAAUCGAAGGAUGCAAAGCCGUAUUCCACGUGGCACAUCCUAUGGACCCAAACAGCAACGAAACAGAAGAGACCGUUACGAAACGUACUGUGCAAGGUCUCAUGGGGAUACUAAAGUCGUGUUUGGACGCUAAAACCGUGAAACGUUUUUUCUACACGUCAAGCGCCGUGACUGUUUUCUAUAGCGGUGGAAACGGCGGUGGAGGAGGCGAAGUAGACGAGAGCGUUUGGAGCGACGUCGAGGUGUUUAGGAAUCAAAAGGAGAAGAGGGUGAGUAGCUCUUACGUCGUGUCGAAAAUGGCGGCGGAGACGGCGGCGCUUGAGUUCGGUGGGAAGAAUGGGUUAGAGGUUGUGACGCUCGUUAUUCCUCUCGUCGUCGGACCUUUUAUAUCUUCGUCGUUGCCUUCCUCCGUCUUCAUAUCUCUCGCCAUGCUCUUUGGAAAUUACAAGGAGAAGUAUUUGUUUGAUACUUACAAUAUGGUGCAUAUUGAUGAUGUGGCAAGGGCGAUGAUAUUUCUAUUAGAAAAGCCAGUUGCAAAAGGUAGAUAUAUUUGUUCGUCGGUGGAGAUGAAGAUCGAUGAGGUCUUUGAGUUUUUGUCUACGAAAUUUCCUCAGUUUCAGCUACCUUCAAUAGAGUAUGUCAUUUUUUACUAGUAUAAUUAAUUUCACGUGUAAAUAUUCUAUUGUUUUUUUCCAAGAGUUUUUAUUAUGUUCUUUUUUUGUGUGGGUACGUAAAGUUUGAAUAAAUAUAAAGUAGAGAAGAGGAUGGGUCUUUCAUCGAAGAAGCUGAAAAGUGCCGGGUUCGAAUUCAAGUAUGGAGCCGAGGAAAUAUUCAGUGGAGCUAUAAGGAGCUGUCAAGCAAGGGGAUUUCUUUAAAUUCUUAUGGGAUUUUUGUGUUAAAAUUUGUAUAUGAAUUGAAAAUAUGUUUUUUCUUUAUUGGCCAUUUCCGUUUUGUAACAUGUUCUAGUUACUUGUUGACGAAAAAAAAAGAAAGUGUUUUGAUUCAGAUUUACAAAGAAGGUUUGCUUAAAAAAAAAGGUUUGCCAAAAAAGGAAGAGAAGGUU